AUGGUGCAACUGCGGCAGUUCCUGAAAGAACAAGAGCGACUCCUGCUGGCCCAGCUGGGGAAGCUGGACAAGGAGAUUGUGAGGAUCCAGAAUGAAAAUGUCAGUAAACUCUCCAAGCAGAUUUCCCAUCUGAGUGAGCUGAUCAGUGAGCUGGAGGGGAAGUGUCAGAAGCCAGCGAGUGAAUUCCUGCAGGAUGUCAGAAGCACCUUGAGCAGGUGUGAGAAGAGGAAGUUCGAGCAGCCAGAGGAGAUUUCCCCUGAAGUGGAAGAGCGAGUCAGUGGUUUCUCCCAGAAAACUACUGCGCUACUGGAGGCUCUGAGGAAGUUCAAAGGAGCUGCAGUGACAUCCCUGCUCAGUCUCAGGUGCCCAGGACAGAGGCAGCUCCCUGGGAUCCAGGCCUGUCCCAGCCAGAAGGGGGCUGCUGGGGAGUGUGAGAAAUGGUCCCAGCCUCCCCCAGGGCUGAGCUCUGCCCCUAACACUCUGAUUCUCUCUCCAGCGAAUGUGACUCUGGAUCCAGACACGGCUCAUCACGAACUCGUCGUGUCUGAGGAUCGGAAACGUGUGAGAUGGGAACGCAUACAGCAGCGGGUGCUCAACACCCCUGAGAGAUAUGACACUGAGCUCUGUGUGCUGGGCUGUGAGGGAUUCACCUCGGGGAGACAUUGCUGGGAGGUGGAGGUGGGGGAUGGGGGAGGCUGGGCUGUGGGGGUGGCCAGAGAGUCUGUGAGGAGGAACGGAGGGAUCUUCCUUUGCCCUGAGUGGGGGAUCUGGGCUGUGGGGCGGUGGGAGGGUCAGUUCUGGGCUCUCACCUCCCCUGUGACCCCCCAACCCCUGAGCCGGGCCCCCAGCAGGAUCCGGGUUUGUCUGGACUGUGACCGGGGGCAGGUGACAUUUAUCGAUGCUGGUGAUGAGGCCCCAAUCUUCACUUUCCCGCUGGGCUCCGUCCCUGGGGAGAGAAUCCAACCCUGGUUCUGGGUAGAGAUGGGAUCCCGGCUCAGCCUGUGUCCCUGAGACACACGGUGGUGGGAGGAGGAAUAUCUCAAUGGGAGCCCGGAGAUCAGCCUCUCUCGCCUCACACACCCUUGUCUCUGUGACCUCUCCCUGUGGACUUUCUGUCAUCCCCUCUGUGACCCUGGAGGCUGCUGCGUGGUAGAGAAGCCAAUAGCAUCACUGCCCCAGGGACUGUGCAGCCUCUUUGCCACUGUUCUCUGUGACCCAGGAGGACUCUGGGGAUCCUGGGUCAGACAGUGUCACUGAGACAUGGGGGGGAACAGCCCACUGGGAAUGGAAAAAUGGGUUUCUUUAGCCAAGUGAUCCCAGCCCUUAUGGCCUGGAGGA